CUCAGACUUGAAUUACCCAAAUUCCUAACCCUAGAACCCGUACCGUGAACCAGUGUCCGUUAAAUCCAGAGAAAACACCAUCUUUCUCUCUCUCUCUAUUCAUAUUUGUAUUUCUGGAGAACCAGAGAAGGAAGAGAAGAUGUUUUACUCGCACACGUUUUUGGCUCGAAAGGGGCCAUUGGGGACGGUAUGGUCCGCGGCACAUUUACAGAACCGACUCAAGAAGUCUCACUACACUUCCACCGAUAUCUCCUCUACUGUUGCCCUCAUCAUGUUUCCAGAAGUCCCAAUGGCACUGAGAAUGUCAAGCCAUCUUCUGCUGGGUGUUGUCCGGAUAUAUUCAAAGAAAGUUGACUAUCUAUACAAAGAUUGCAAUAAUGUUCUAAUAGGGAUAAAAAAUGCUUUUGCUUCUGUGGACCUUAAUCUACCAGAAGAUGCGAAGCAUGCGCCAUUUCACUCUGUCACUUUGCCAGGCACAUUUGAACUCGAUGCCUUGAAUUUGGAUGAUGACUUUUAUUGCCAAGGGAUUCAGGAUAAUCAUCUUAGGAGCCAGGAGGAGAUAACACUUGAAGGUAGUAAUAUUAUAUGUGCUUUCUUGAAUUCAGAAGAUAUAAUCUCGUCUUUUAGUUAUCAAAUUCCAGCUGGAAGAGAUCCUUACAUUACCAUUACUUUUGAUGAGGAUAUUGUCAGGAAUUCUUCAUGUUUGGAAGAUGCCUCUGGACCAGGAGACAGGACAAUGGAAGAAAGUGCCCAUUUGCUUCCGAUGGACACAACUCUUGGUUCUUUGGAUCCCGGUCCAAGUAAUCAGACAGGAGCUGAUGAGAGGCUUGAUAAAGAUAGCUCUAAUCAAAAUUUUCCAGAGUUUGAAGUUCUUCGUGACUCCAUCCAUGAUUUUCACUCAGAAAACAUUCUAGUGUGGCCAGAUCGAGAGGAUGACGUAAUUGAACCCGACAUGACAUUAGAACAGCAGAUCAUGGAGAAGGAGGUUCUUACUCCAGUCAUGGAAGAAAUGUUAGUUUCUGGUGGGCAGUCUCUUCCAUCUCAACAACAUCAAGAACCACCUACUUCUGUUGCUUCAGAGCAGGCUCCUGAGAUUUUUGAUUCACAGUUUCAAUUUGGACAUGCAUCACCUGAAUUGGGAAUGCGAUCAACUCCACCUGUUCAGCAGCCAGAAGCAAGACCAAGAAAGAGGAAGAGGCUAUAUGAUGAGUCCACAGUAUUGACUAAUAAGUUUAUGAAGAAGGCCCUUGAAGAUCCUAGUGAUCUAUUGCGGAAGAGGAAGAAUUGUCCUUACUCUGCUUUGGACAUUUGGAAGUCAAAUAAUAGAUUAAAAAGGGAAAAAGUAUUUGUUGAGCCUUUAACGACUGGUUUGUUAGGAGAACUGUGUAAUAUUUUCAAGAAGGACUUUAUUUCUGCAAAACCUCAUUUAGUUUUGUUAGAGGAAGUUCGUCCAGAGUCUAGUGUUCCACCUUCUCCUGCUCAUGACAUUGAUUUGGGAAUUGAACAUCUUCGAGAUUAUGAAGGCCCUGCUUGCAGCAAUAUAUUACCUGAACUUGGGCCUUCUCCAAAUAGAUUCACGCCUUCUCCAUCUAGAGGAGAUGACUUUACUCCCGCCUCUCCUAACAAUUUAGGCUCGCAGUCGGAACCUCAACUGGGAACCACUAUUGGGACUGGAAUGUUAAACACACCAGACCUGGCAGCAUCUACUGGACCUAUUGGGUCUGAGAUGGAAACACCAAUGACGUUUUCAGAGCGAUUAGAUGUAGAGAAUUCUGUUCUUUCAGAUAUUCCUGAGGUGUUGAAUUCUGCAGAAUCAGAAGACCUAAACUUUUUGGUUGAAGACAACAACAAUACACCAACUGGAUUGGAAGUAACUCCAGGAGUUGACCAAUUGCCUGUGAGAACAAGGGCUACUGCUCAAUAUAUCAAAAGGAAGUCUUUAGUUACCCCUAUCACAGAAGACUUGUCUGGAAAUCUUAUCUUGAACAAGAUCUUAGAAGGAAAAAACCGAAAAAUAUGUGCUCGAAUGUUUUCUGAAAUCCUGGUUUUGAAGGUUUAUGAACUUCUAGAUGUACAGCAAGAAGAACCUUAUGGUGAUAUUACUUUGAAGGUGACCCUGAAACUUUCAAAGGACCAGUCUUUAAGUUAAAUGCGCCUGGAAGGUCUUCAUGUAUAUAGAGUGGGGUUUGUACAGCUUCAGCAACACAAAUUAUAUAUAGACUUAGGACCUGUAGCGUUUAUUUAUUUUCAGGAGAUGCUAAAUUAUAAUCAACAGUUGCUCGAUCUGGUCCAUCCUUUUUCUGUACCAUACUACUGCAAUCUUUUCUGCUGUUGUGGAGCUGGUCGGGGGUCUUGAAGGAUAGCAAGAUUUUUGUUUUUUUUUUGUUUUUGCCCCUGUAAGAUAUUCACUCAGCUAUCUUUUUGUUUUUAUUUAAUUGGUGUAAUGGAGCAGUUAUUUAAUGUGAAAUUUACUUUUGGU